AUGGGCAUUGGAUCAGAUCCCAUUCGACCUCCGACUUGGAUAAAGGAAGUGGAGAUGAUAUUUGAGCUACUUGAUAUCACAGACCUACAGAAGGUGGCUUGUGCUACCUUUAUGUUGAGGGGUGAGGCAGCAUAUUGGUGGAAUUCUACCCGUCAUACUCUUGAGGAAGGUCCACAACUAUUGACUUGGGUUAGAUUCAUAGGUGCCUUUUUGGACCAAUACUUUCCAAUUGAUUUGUGGCAGAAGAAGGAAUGUGAGCUUCUUCAACUGAAGCAGGGUUCUAACCCAUUAUCUGAGUAUGUUCAAAAAUUUCAGGAGCUUUCGAUAUUUGCUCCUCAUGUCGUGGAUACAGAUGAACGUAAGGCUCGACAGUUUGAGAGGGGGUUAAGUCCCCACAUCCAGGAUAGCAUUAUCAUUUUGAAAUUAUCUACCUACAAAGAUAUGCUCGAACGGGCUAGGAUGUUUGCUGGGUGUGGUACAGGAUCACCUCCUAUUGAGGAUAGAAGUCAUGGGAAACGUCCACAAGCUCCAUUUGAUGCUCGAUCUACUCAUUCCCAAAAACAACAGAGAUCUAAAGAUGACCAACAAGCUUCUAUGGUUGUUUAUCCCAAGUGUGGGAAGUCACAUUGA